AUGCUAACCUCGCUGCUCCAACCUUUAGAAAUCUCGCCCAACAAGCGUGCCGGUUGUCAUGACACCGUGUGCAAGAAAGAGGCCGUGAAGAUUCAAAAGGGUGAAAUCAGAUUUGGCAGUUGGGUUGAGAUCCAGGAGCAUGGCUCUUGGUCCUGGAAGCACUGGGGAUGUGUUUCUGGUGCUCAGAUCGCCGGUCUCCAGGAACUCUGCGGCGGAGACCCCGACAAUUAUGACUUUGAUGCCAUUGACGGCUAUGACGAACUAGAUGAUAAUGAGGUUAAGGAGAAGAUCCAGCGCUGCAUCAAGCAAGGUCACAUUGAUCCGGAGGACUUCAAUGGUGACCCGGAGAAGAACAAGCUAGGUGAAAAGGGUAUUCACCUUACCGCCAAACAGAAGGCCGCCAAGGAGAAGGCCGCGACAGAGGCUGCUGAUGCAGACGAAGCUCCCGCCGGAAAGGCUAGUAAGCGAAGUCGCAAGAAGGCCGCCAACGACGACGAUGAUGAGCCCAAGACCAAGAAAGCUAGGAAGUCCAAGAACGUCGAGGCAGACGAGGAGGAGCCCAAGGCCAAGUCCAAGACUAAAGGUAAGAGUGUUGAUGGUGAAGCAACUGAAGAGGAGGCUGAAGAGCCUGCUAAGACUCAGAAGCUUGCUAAGAGAGGCCCAAAGGCAAAGCCUGUGAAGUCGGAAGAGGAGACAGUAGAUGAUGAUGAUAAUCAGGAGAAGGCGGGCGUUGCUCCCGUCAAGGCUGCACGCGGACGAAAGCCAUCGGCCUCCAAGGGUAGGACUGAAAUUGGAACCCCGGAAGAAGAUGAAGGUGACGAGAAGGCUGCUCUAGCCUCUGCCACCAGGCAACGCAAGCGCGCAUCCGUGUCCAAGUCUGAAGAUAAGAACGAGGAGAUCACCAAGGCCGCUGCGAAGAGAGGACGCAAAUCGAGUGUUCCCGCCGCAAAGGCUGCCCCUGAACCUGCCCAGGGAGCUGAGGAUGAAGAGGUGAAGACGGCGCCCAAGGCUAAAGGAAGGGGCCGUCCUCGCAAGUCUGAUGUCGCGGCGAACUAG